UCAUAUGACUAGCCUAUGUGUGUGAGCUCUUUUCUGCUUUGUGGUUUAGGCUCAGAGAGAAAGUGGUUUUGGGAUAUCAGGCACAAUUCAGUACAUUUAGAAAGUAGCCUAACAAAAUUGUAAUUUCUACAUAAAAAUGAAGGCAGCAAUUAUACUGGUGUUGUGCGUUUCUGUAUCCUAUGGUCUACAACGGAUUCCGCUACACAAGGUAAAGACCAUCAGAAGAACACUAGCAGAAGCUGGAACGACCCUAGAAGAUGUUGCUCAGUACAACUCAAAGUUCCAACAGUAUGCCAGUUUAGGAGACCCAAUUAAGCUUACAGACUACAUGGAUGCCCAAUACUAUGGAGAGAUUCAAAUUGGAACUCCUCCUCAAAUCUUUAAUGUGGUGUUUGAUACUGGCAGUUCAAACUUGUGGAUUCCAUCUUCAAAAUGCCCAAUUUAUGAUGUUGCUUGUUUAUUACAUCGCCGCUAUGAUGGAUCAAAAUCAUCAACUUACAAACAGAACGGAACCAAGUUUGAGAUCCAGUACGGGUCUGGAUCAAUGUCUGGGUUUCUUAGUGAAGACAUUGUGACGAUUGGAAACUACGCUAUCAAAGGGCAAGUGUUUGCUGAAGCAACCCAUGAACCUGGAUUGGCAUUCAUUGCUGCUAAGUUUGAUGGCAUUCUUGGAAUGGGUUAUCCUCAAAUCUCUGUUGAUAAUGUAGUUCCAGUCUUUGACAAUUUGUUCAAGCAGAAGUUGGUGGAUCAAGAUGUCUUUUCCUUUUAUUUGGACAGAGAUCCAUCGGCACGUGUUGGAGGUGAAUUGAUUAUUGGAGGAUCAGAUCCUAAAUAUUACACUGGUAACUUUACCUAUGUUCCUGUAACCAAGCAGGGAUAUUGGCAAUUCAAGAUGGAUGGGAUUGGUGUUGGUGGGAAGACUUCAAGCUUCUGCAAGGGUGGAUGUAAUGCUAUUGCAGAUACAGGUACUUCACUUAUUGCUGGACCAACAUCAGAGAUUAAGGCUCUUAAUGAGAUGAUUGGUGCAAUCCCCCUCAUUGAAGGAGAGGCCAUGGUUCCAUGUGACAAGGUACCCAGCCUACCAGCCAUUACAUUCACUCUUAAUAGUCAUAAUUUCACCCUUCAAGGCAAAGACUAUGUACUUCAGGUAUCUGAGGGAGGGCAAACAGUGUGCCUCAGUGGAUUUCUUGGUCUUGAUGUUCCUGCUCCAAUGGGACCAUUGUGGAUCUUAGGAGAUGUGUUCAUUGGACGUUAUUACACCGAAUUUGACAGGGCUCACAACCGUGUUGGCUUUGCAAAUGCUGUCUAAAUUUAGCGACAUGCUUAUCUUGUAUCAGUAAUAAGGUUAAUACGAAUCACAAGUAGAAUAAACCCAUCACAAAUUAAUCCCAGCAAAACACAAAACGUUCAUUUGCAUACACAGUGCAUUCUACUUAGCCUUAUCAGAACACUUAAACUCCAGCAACGCUAUAGAAUACAGGUUUGUGUGGUUUCAGAAAUUAUAGAUUGAUGGUAAUAAUGUUGUAUAGGGGUAAUGAAAUGAUCUUGCAUUCAAAAUCCUUACUAAUUUUUGUGCACUUUGUUUAUUUUGAUGCGAGUUAUUUGAUGCAAUUUGCUUCAAGAAAGUAAUUUUUGUCCUACCUGACGUGUUAUCGUACCAAAGUUCCCGAAAUACUUGUGAAAAAAACAUUGUUUAUGUUAUAAUAUGUUAGUGUAUCAGAAUAUAUUUGUAAUCAUUUGCUUUGACCUUGAUAGUUUAAAAUUAUUAAGUUGUAAACAAUGCAUAUUUGAAAUGGGGUGUUAAUAUUAACCGUGAAUCCUUCUUUUUCUAUUUGUAAUGAUUUUGGAGAUAAUAAAAUAAUAACUUGUA